AUGACAGACGAAGGAACCCGCGUCGCCAAUGGCCAACACACUGUUCCUGCUGGAAUUGCUGUUGAAACCUUUGCCGACAAUUUCAAGGGAAAGCUUGCCAAGAUUACGCCGGCAGCCGUCUCCGAAUUGCUACAUUCCAAGGAUGCUAUGGGCGCAUACAGAACGCUGAUUGGGAAGGCAGCCUUGGAGACGACUGACACCUUCUCUGUACCUAAUCUCGUCGACAUAGUUAAAGAAUGUCAACCAAAGUUUCAAGAGAAAGGAGUAACUGUGGCGUUAUGUCUGUUGGAAUCCGACAUCGGAAAUUUUCGUUGGUUUUGGUUUGAGUUCAUUGACCAUGCCCUCUUUCCAAGUGGAACCUACAAUCCAGAAUAUGAUAUCAGCAAUUACCAAGUUGUCUUGGAUGGUGUCCAUGGCAUUCCGCCCGGAGUUGCCGUCGAGAAACUUUCGGAUUGGUCUUCCUCCCACCUUGUCAAGAAUUGUCCCCUUGAAGUCCAGGCUAUAUUAGAAUCCAAACUCCUAACCAGUGAAUAUGACCGCAUGGUCAAAACGCUGAAGGAAUCCAUAAAGACACGAACUUCAAUUGGCUCCUGGCGAACGACAGUAAUUGCCGAGAUUUUGAAAGAGUUCCAACCAGUCUUUGAGUCCAGGGGGGUUGAAGUGGUGGUUUGUAAGGCAGUACAAGGAUGGGAUGAGUACAAGUGGUUGGAAUUCAUCGAUAUCGAAGUAGCACCCCAGCAUUACUUCCCAAAAUACGCUGUUGAUAAAAACUAUCAGAGCGAACGCUUGUCCAAGCGAAAUAUUUCCAUGGGUAGCAGUUUCUUUGGUGGCGAAGAUGUGGCUACCGAGGCGUUGGUGACAGAUGGAGUCAUCAAGGUAGCCUCGGAUUGCCCUGAUGAUGUGGCCGUACUACUUGAAGAAAAGGGAAUUUCGGAUACGGAGUAUGACCUUUUGGACUCGGCCAUUUCCCAUAGCAAGUCCAUGCGGAACUUUGUCGAAGUUUGGAGACUUGUCGAGCAAAAAGUUGUUGAAUUCCCUCCCAUUCAACAACUGCGCGAUACCUUCCUGGCAAAAGGAGUGAAACUCAUACUUUGCGAAAGUAUUGGCAAGUUUGGAAAGAUGUAUUGGCUCGAAUACGUAGACACCGAAGCUUCCCCUGAUUACACGACACCCUAUGACAGUGGCUUGGCCGGUGACUUCGAUGCACAGGGGCAAGUGUACGGAGAGGCUACAGGUGCCGCGAAUGGCUGGCUGAAGGUUCCAGAGGGAGUCUAUGUAGAAGGAUUGAAUGGGGUGAAGAAACUGACGGAUGAAUGUCCUCCGAAGGUUCGAGACUUUUUGACCCGCAAAGGUUUGUCAGCAACCUACGAUCAAUUUAUCGAGGCCAUCGUCAAAUCCAAGAAAACCCGCAACUGGGCACGAUCAUGGCGAACUGCGGAGAUUCAAAAUGUUUUGAAUGAUUUCCAAGAACUCUUCCUUUCAAAUGGCGUCAAAUUGGUCUUGUGCAAGAUCAUUCCCGAUGGAGGGUUGGCGUAUAGAUGGUUUGAAUUCAUUGAUCUAUCUGUGGCUGAGAGGUACGUGCCACAGUUUGACUUUGACAACGAAGGGCCUUCUGAUCUGGAAACACUUCAAACGACGCUGAAGUUUCCAAAUGGAGUUGCGGUGGAAAAACUGACAGACUACAAGUCACUGAUGGAGCAUAUCCUAGAGCCAGUAACCGAAAUGAUGGAGAAAAAGAAUUGCAUGGAUCUCUACGUCGCCUUGGUCGAAAUCUUGUGCCGUGGAGGAGAUGAAAACGAAAAGAAAGUAGGUUGGAGCGACCACCACAUGAGAGAGGUCGUGAAUGUUCUUGGUCCGAGAUUUGAGUCCAAAGGAGUAUCCAUGUUUCUUUCCGCCAAGGUAGAAAAGGUGACGAAGGAUGGCAAGGAAGUGGAAACGCCAAUCCAGUGGAUCGAGUUUGUGGAUCGGGAUGUUCAACCCAACUAUGUGGCUCAGCGAGGGGUAGAUAUGAAGAAAGUCCCCACACAUGGAAUGAAUGCCGAUGAAAUCAUUGCCUUGUCAGUCUUUUGCACCGUUCAAGCAGUCACAAUCGCAGGCAUGAUUCUCGGCGAGACUUCUUAA